AUGAGGUUGCAGAAUGAUGGUUUUACAUAUAUGAUUGAUGUGGAUGAGGAGUUGAGAUUGAGGAAUGUGUUUUGGGCUAACGCACGUAGUCGAGCAGCGUAUGAGUAUUUUGGAGAUGUGAUCACAUUCGAUACGACAUACCUAACCAAUAGAUACAGUAUGCCAUUUACUCCAUUUGUUGGGGUAAAUCACCAGUCUAUACUGUUAGGGGCUGGAUUGCUUUCAAGCAAGGACACAAGUACUUUCGUGUGGUUGUUUCAGGCAUGGUUAGAAUGCAUGAAUGGUCGUGCUCCAAAAAUGAUCAUUACUGACCAAGAUCGAGCAAUAAAGAGUGCUAUUGCUCUGAUAUUCCCAGACACACAAUUUGAGAUGAAGUGGGGGCAACUUAUUCAGAAGUAUGGACUUGGUGAUAAUGCAUGGUUGCAAGGGUUGUACAACGAGAGGUCGUUCUGGGUACCGAUGUACCUUAAGGGAGUAUUUUGGGCUGGUAUGAGCACAACUCAGAGGUUUGAAAGUAUAAAUGCUUUUUUCGAUGGGUUUGUGCAUUCUGAUACCACGUUAAAAGAAUUUGUCGAUCAAUUUGACAAUGCGCUCAGGAAAAAGAUGGAGCUCGAGACGACAACUGAUUUCAAUUCCUCCAACCAAACCAUCCCAUGUUCAUCGGAUGGUUGCAUUUCAACCUAUGAUGUUUUGGAUGAAAUUACCACUGAUAAUGACCAUGUCAAGAGCAUGAAGUACAUAGUUUACUUUAACCAGGAGGAAGUUGAUGUUAAAUGCACAUGUGCGUUAUUUGAGAUGAGGGGGAUUCUCUGUAAGCAUGCAUUGAACGUUUGCCAGAUGAAUAAGAUUCAUGCAUUGCCGGAUAAGUAUAUCUUGGAUCGAUGGAGAAAGGACUUAAAGAGGAGAUAUACAGUGGUAAAAAGUAGCUAUGACGACUUGCGACAGAGUGUGGACUCAAGAAGGUAUGAGUUCGUGGUUAAACGAUGCCUCACUUGGGCAACCCGUGUUUGCCCAAGUGAUGACCAUGUUACUACAUUCAUUUCCCACUUGGAUGAAUUUGAGAAUAAAUUUAAAGGAUUAACACUUGAGUCCGGUUCAAGUAAGGUAAAAGAGACUAUGGUCACGGACAAGGGUAAGAAAAUCUUAAGCCCCCACAUUGUUCGAGGGAAAUGGAGGCCACCAACGAAAAGGAAGGUUCCGCUUGUGGAGAAAGCUGCAACAAAGUGA